AAAAUGUAUUAAUAAAAAAUUCUUUGAAUGGGAUUGGUUCUCGAUUGGUCCGAAUCCCAAAGAAGAAGCUUUACAAGAACAGUGAUUACUCUGUUUUCAUAUGAACACUCUUCAUCCUCCGCAUCAAGAACAAGAAGAAGAACAAGAACAAGAAGAAGCUAGAUACGAAUGGGAUCUUUCUCUCUCCACCGUCGUCUCUUCCUCUUCCUCCUCCGCCUCCGACGUUAUCGGUGCUAUUGAGUUCGACCCCACUGAUAACAUCGUCGCUACCGCCGGUAUUUCUAGAAAGAUUCGUUUUUACGGCCUCCCUUCUCUCUUACGCACCAGCGCCGCCGUCUCUGGAGGAGGAGGAGGCGUUUCUUUCGUCGAUCAAGCGACAGCUUGCGAGUAUUACAUCUGUACGCCGGCGAAGCUCAGUAGUCUACGGUGGAGACCCGGGUCGGGCGGUCGUGUCAUCGGGUCGGGAGAUUACGACGGCGUAGUGACCGAGUACGAUCUCGAGAAGAGAACGCCGGUUUUCGAAAGGGACGAGCACGGAGGCCGCCGCGUAUGGAGCGUGGAUUACACUCGCAACGGCGGCGGUUCUGUGGUGGGCGCGUCGGGAUCAGACGACGGGACUAUGCAGGUAUGGGAUCCGAGGUGUCCGCCGGAGGAAUCUGUCGGCGUAGUACGACCGGCGGGGAUAUGCCGGAGCGCCGUUUGUUGCGUGGAGUUCGAUCCAUCCGGCGGACCGGCGGUGGCCGUGGGAUGCGCUGAUCGGAAAGGGUACGUUUACGAUAUGAGGAAACUCGUUGACCCGGCGUUGACUUUGGAAGGACACACGAAAACGGUGUCGUAUGUGAGGUUCCUAGACGGCGGUACGGUGGUGACGGCAGGCACGGACGGGUGUCUGAAGCUGUGGAGCGUGGAGGACGGGAGAGUGAUUCGCACGUACGAAGGGCACGUGAACAAUAGAAACUUCGUGGGGUUAUCGGUGUGGAGAAACGGCGCGCUGUUCGGAUGCGGAUCGGAGAACAACAAGGUGUUCGUGUAUGAUAAGAGGUGGGGGAAGCCGGUAUGGAUAGACGGGUUCGAACCGGUAGGGAUGAAUUCGGGUUCGGAUAAGCGGUUCGUGAGUAGCGUCUGUUGGAGGCAAUCAGGUGUGGACCAGUGCACCCUAGUGGCUGGGGGAUCUGAUGGAGUACUACAGGUUUACGUGGGCAAAACAAAGCCAUAGUCUUCUUUUAAUAUUAUUAUUCCUCUUCUUGAUUUUUAUCAUUACUAUAUGUUUUUAUGAAUUAUGAUGAUGAUGAUGAUAAUGUUGAUGCUUCUUGAUUUCUUUCUUUUUUUUUUUCUUCAAAUUUGAUUUACUACCUGAGGUUGAUUUUUGUAUCAGUUGUGAGAGAAUUUUAUAUAUCGUUCCUUUCUUUUUUUUC